AUGAAAUCAUCAACGACACGAACCUUUAGUCCAUGUUUAGUUUGUGGUGAUAAGUCAAUUGGUUUUAAUUUUGGUGUAUUAUCAUGUAUGGCAUGUAAAGCAUUUUUUCGACGAAAUGCUGUUAAACUUGGUACUUAUGAGUUUAUUUGUCCUAAAGAUGGCGAUUGUCCGAUAACGCAUACAUACCGUCGUUUAUGUAAUUGUUGUCGUUUAGCAAAAUGUUUUCGUGUUGGAAUGCAGAAAGAUUUAAUACUUUCCGAAGCUGCAAAAGAAGCAAGACGACAAACUGUUGCACAAAAUCGUCAAAAACGCGAGCUAGCAUUACAAACGAAAUGUUUAGAUUUAAUUCCAGUAUCAAAAAUAAAACAUUUACCAUGUAUUCAAUUAUCAGAUGAUUUAUCUCAAUCUGAUAGUAUUCUUCUUGGAAAUAUUUAUAAUGCAUAUGAAUCAACAUGUAUGACAGUAAAAUAUUCUGAAAUUCCAGAUUUUCCUUCAAGAAAACAUACAAAAUUAUUUGAAUUUUUAAAUGAAUAUUCUUCUAUACAUAAAGUAUUAAUUGAAUAUUUCAAAAUUAUACCAGAAUUUAAUAAUUUAUCUAUUUCUGACAAAAUAUGUUUAAUAAGAAAUCAAUUCGGUGUUAUAAUCAAUAUCAAUGAAGCUAUUAUUCAUCCUGGUAUAACAACUAAUUUAGUUGUUUCAUUAACAAAUAUAUAUGGUAUACAUAUAACUAAUCGUCUUUUAAAAUCUAUUGAACGAAUUGUACCAUUUACUAAUGAUCCAAUUAUACUUAAAAUUCUUCUCGUUAUUGGUGCAUUAUGUAGUGGAAAUUAUCGAAAUCGUAAUGAUAAUGAAAUGGAUCAAAUAUGUAAUGAUACAUUGUCAAUAUAUUAUGCACAAAAUGUUUAUGUUGAAUUAUUAUGGAAAUAUAUUUUAUCACGUUCAUCAAAUGAUUUCGAUGCAGUGAAAUUUUUUGAUAAAUUAGUUCAAUUUUUACUUUAUUUAUUAGAUGUUCAUUUACUUACUGAUGGUUUUAUAAAUAAUCAAGUUCAUGAAAUUCAACGAAUGGAACCAUUAAUGCAAAGUAUGUGGCCUAAACCAAGUACAGAUGAGAUUACUUUCAUAAAUGAUAUCCAUAUGGAACAGUAUUAA